ACCAGUACCGACCAGUACCAACCUGACAGGUCCCUCCCAGCUCAGCAUGGCUCAGACUGUGCCAAUCCGACCCAUGAGAGUCCAUCAUGAAAGAGUGAAAACUAGCACUGAUAUCCUUGCACUGCAUUUUUCUUGCACAACAAAAUUUGUGCAUGAUUUGUGUACUUCCCUGCUAGUGUCUUUAAUUCUUUUUAAUCUUGUCAGGCACAUCCCAGUCUCCACGACCACUGACAGAUCCAACACUGAAUAUAUCUUUGAUGGUAUCUGGCCAUAACACUUGUUGCUAAAAACGUUGCAAUGACUGAGCAGGAAAGAUACCUUCUUCAGAAAAUGGAAACAGCUGGAUGUCGUGCACAGAAAUAAAUUAGUUGUCUGUGGGUAUAACUGGUGUUGUGGUAUAUGGUUUACAUUCUGAGGACUGAUGUGUUCUGCCUCUAAUAAUUUUCUUAUAUGCCAAAGACACUAACUUGUUAAUCUGCUUUAAAAGCACACCUGGGUCGUUUCUGCAUUUUACAAUUGAAAUUCUGCUUGCAGACUUUCUAAUGUAGAUGUAUGAAUACCUAAAUUCUUUCUCUGAGUUUGUACAUGCAAAGCUGCAUUCAUUCCUCUAGUUAAUAAUUUGCUCUAUACUCAGUGCAGAUAGUUUUGAACAGCUACGUAACUUCUCUUUCACUAGACGAGUAUUUUCUCCCAUUGCUGAGAAACAAAUCUGAUAUUUUGCCAGGAAUCCUGAAAAGUUUUGAGAUGGCUCUGAGCAACCACCACCAAUUGCUCAUGAGCUACAAACUGCCAGGCAAAUGGGUGAAUUUGAGGAGUCACAAAAAAUAUCUGACCUCUGACUACAUGUGUUUUUUCAUCUGCAAUAAUUUUCACAGUAUAAUAUUUUUGACUGUAUUAAAAAAUACAGAAUCCAAGAGGAUGUGCCAGCUCCCAGAUUCACAUGGGGGUUUUGGCCUGAUCCUGUUUCUGUUCUACACUGAGGCCUGGUGUACUGAUCUUACUGGUGCCUUCCAUGAGCAGAAGGUUGGGUGGGUGGGCUGAAGGGGCUCCCAUGGUCUCCAGCCAGCUCUCUACCUCGGAGAAUCAGGAGGGACAGACGCCAGAAUGUGGUUUUGAGCACAUGGAUCUAAACCUGAAUAUUGUGGACUUGUUCUUCAAAAGUCCUGGCCCCCCCAAAAGACUCCUACACAGCCAGUCACAUGUGAUCAGUCAGUACCUCAUGGGUGAACACAAGUGUGUGUUUACUUACAGGUUCAUGCAGAGUGUAGUGUCUUCCUUGUUAAAUUACAGCCAAGUACUAAUGGUACAUACAGAAAACAUGUGCCUAGAGAGUAUGACUGGAUUAAUCAAAUAAGCCCUACCUCAGCUCCUUUUGAAGCAUUCCUUUCAGUUGCCUUAUUUCCCAAGGAAUAUAUUAAUAAGAUUCCUGCAAAUCCCCAGAUGUAUUUAUUGAACUAGGGAUGAAUUUAAUCAUCUGCAUGUUUCCACCUGGAAGAAUUCCCAGACUAUUACAGGGCAAAUUCUUCUCUACAGUGACCAGAAAAGGAGGAUUUCUAUUCCUCUAUAAUUACUGCCUCAUCUAAGAAAUUAGUUUUACUGUAUUUGCUUUUCUCAAACUCUCCUGUAUUCCUAAAUGGUCAUUAGUGUUUUUUGGUUUUCUCCAUUUCAAAUUGGCUCUGGGAAUCAAUGGAGAAAAUGAAGAGCUCCUGCACAUUGAUUUUAUGAACAUAAAUGUCCAGUAAGUGGCACUGCAGGACCAGGAAUUCCAAACCCUGGAUGAUGAACAGUGCAGUCACAGAGUAAAGGCAAGCGUGGGAGAUGUCAAGACUUAUCUGUUCCACGAAAAAGGUGGUUGUAGAGCAGGUGGGGAAUGAUGUGGUGUCAUUCCUGAAGGUACAGUGCAAGGAACUGUGAUGUAUUCAGCUGCUGGCUCUGGAAUAUGGUAUCAGAAACUGGCCUUGGCACCAAGCUGGGCAUUAUCAGGGGUUUGCCAGAAGAAACCAGCAACAUUUCUGGGAACUGUGCAUCAGCGCUUGAUGGGAAGUGCCUGUGAAGGCUUUGUGCUGGGUUUUGCCAUCAGGAGCAGAAUGCUGGGCAAGGUGAACCAUGUAUAUACAGCAUUUCCUGUGGUCUCCUGACGUAAUGUACAUUAAUUUAAUGUAGAAAAUCCAAAGCCCAGAGUGGAAAGGACGUCAGUACAGUCUGGGAGAGUUCAAGGAUUAUUUCUGUAAAUGAACCAGAGAUGCCUGUGAGGCUGUGCCACUAUAUCAAAACCAUCACCCGGUUUUUUCAUUCUCAGCGGAUAAGGAGUAAACUAUUAUGUUGGGAAAUUUGAUCAAACAGACAAGUAACACUACACUUUUUGGCAAUAUAAAUUGUAAUAAAACUCUUAUAUAAGCUGAGAGAGUGUUACUUACAAAAUCACUUAAAUGUUUUGGCUCCAUCUGCAAUAUUUGAACUCAGCUCUAGGUUACUCAUGCUAUACUGUGCCAAGCUAAACUGAUGCACACUCAAUUUUCCUAUUUCUCUAGAUGCAUAGUUAUAUUGGAUAAGAAUGAAGAAAAUGAAGAUGAAAAGCCAAUCUGCAUUUAGAAGGGACAUAAAACUAUGUUUAAAGGGAUAAACCAGCCUUUCAAGGGGAUUAGGAAGCCAUUUCCUCUAUGAUGUGGCUAUUUUAUAAAUGCCUCUUGUGGGAUCGUCUGUGCCCUGAAGCAUCUGUGCAUCUGUGCCAGCUGCUGUUGGCAGCAAGACCCUUGACUAGGCUGAGGGAUCUGGGAUGUCAAUAUGCACCUGUGGGGGAAAGAGGAGGUGCAGGAAUAUCCCACAGGGCACACGGAACAGCCACAGGAUCUUAAAACUGCUCCAACCAGACUUGACAAUUUUUUUCGUCGUCAUCUAGAGGCCAGAUAUUGCUGAAUCCUUAUACUUUCUGCUCCUGAGUUUUUCUAAUGGCUUUAUAAAAUAGCAGUUAAAAAUAGGAACUCUCAAAUGUUUAUUCCUGCAGGCACAUAGGGUGGAACUUAGGAUGCAGAAGCAGAAGACACACAAGACGUUGCUUGCAGCAACACAAGCAAACAGGUGAGAAUAAGGCACGGCAGCACAACAUAUGACAAAACAAGACACCACAGGACAACUUGGAAUAGCACACAGCAUGUCACCACAUGCAGCAGCACAAACAGCAUGGAACAGCACUUGACACUGUGUCACGGCAUGAUAGAUAUACCUGAAAGGUGGUAGGAGUGCCUAGAGAGGGGUUAGAGAUUCAUAGCAGCAUGAAAUUCCUAUAAAGGUAUGGAAAAUGUUUAGAAAACCACAUGAAGGUCCUAAAAAACUACAGGCAACUUCUGGAAAAACCGUGGGAAAUUCUUAGAAAGCAAAACUGAAUUCCUAGAAAGCUGUGGGAGGACUCCAGGAAAACAAAAUGUGAAUUCUGAGAAAAUUGGCUACAAAUUCCCAGAAAGCUAGAGGGAAUUUCUUAUGAAGUAAGGAGGAAUUGCUAUAAAGCAAUGGAGGAAUCCUAGAAAGAAAUGCACAGUUCUUAGAAAGCUGCUGCAAAUUUCUAAAGAGCAGAAGGGAAAUUCUGGAAGCAGAAAGGAAUUGUUAUAAAUAGAACACGAUUACUAAAAAGCAUCAGGGAAAUUUCUGGAAGGUCAUUAGGGAUUUCUUGAAAGCAUGUGGAAAUUCCUAGAAAGAAAAUCUAAGUUCCUGGUAAGGGGAAAGAAACACCUGGAAAGCAGUGGGGAGGUUUCCUAGAAGGCAACAUGAAAUUUCCUGAAAUCUGGGCGGAAACUCCUUGAAAGCUGGAGGGUAUAUUCCCAGAGAUCACUAGGAAAAUCCUACAAAGGCAUGUGAAAUUCCUAAGAAGAUAGAAUCAUAGAAUCAUUUAGGUUGGAAAAGACCUCUGUGAUCAAGUCCAACUGUUCCCCCAGCACUCCCAAGACCACCACUCAUCCACAUCCCCAAGAUCCACAUCUGUGUGUCUUUUAAAUCCCUCCAGGGAUGGUGACUCCACCACUGCCCUGGGCAGCCUGUUCCAGGACUUGACAACCCUUUGGGUGAAGAAAUUUUUUCUAAUAUCUAAUCUAAACCUCCCCUGGAGCAAUUUGAGGCCAUUGCUCCUCAUCCCAGUUGGGUCCCAUCAGUCGCAGGCUCUGGUGGCUCUCUUGGCUCCCCUGAGGUUCCACUGGUUGGUGAAACUCCCUGUGCACUGUGCUGGAUUUUUCUGCUGAUGACUGUGCUGGCACUGAGUGUGGAAAAAUGCAAGAAAACAAUGGAAAAAUCCUGGAUGAGCUGUCCAUAGUUCCUAAAGACACAGGGGAAAUUCUUAGAACAAAAUACUGAAAAAGUCACAGGAGAAAAUCACUGUAAAGAGCAGGGGGAAAAGUAAGACUAGAAAGUAGAUAGGAACAGAUCCUAUAGCCUUUCCUGAAAUGGAACUUGUAUCUAGAAGACAUCCCUGAUUUUAGUGUCUCCUAAAUGGGGGGGACUGGUUUGGUGGACUGAGAAAGAGACACUGGAUGCCUGUGUUGGUGAGGCUGAGCCCUGACUUGCAAAGCCCAGCCCCUGUGGCUUUGCAGGAAGGGAGCAGGGAGAACUGGCUGGCUUGGAAGGCCCCUGACCUUGGGACAGAUGUUGACAAAUGGAUGGUGAAACUCAGGGAACAUUUCCAGCCUGGGAAAGUACUUUCUGUUAGAGACUGUGUCAGCAAUGGUUCUUUGCAACACAGGGCAGGGAAAAGCCAAGGGCAUCGAGGCGGAAUGAAGAGGGAGAUGUUACCCACGUUGUGGGAUGAAACAAUCCUGCCUAAUGUGGUGGGACAGGCACGGAGGCUGGAACAGGAUAACAUAUCCAGAUGAGCUAGGGUGAAAGUGGAUUUAGGAUCAUACUGUAGUUUGGGGUAAUCCAGUUGGAUCAGUGGGUUUUUCAAAAGUUUGAAUGAAAGUUUGUCAUGAGGAGUGGAGCAGCCCAGAGUUUAGACCUCAGGAUGGAUUCUUGUUUGGAUUCUUGUCCCAGUGUUUCACUGAACUUGGUGGAAUGUUUCUGACUGCCAUCAAGCCCUGACUGUGUGACUUGACUUUGACAACCAGCAUCUUGCCUUGGAGAACAGUUUAAUUCCAGAACCUGAAGGUGGAACUGCGACAUUGCAACCACAGCAGGGUUGUCUGGGGAGCUGCAGAUGGGAAAAUGCUGCCUGAGACAGAGCUUCAGCAGUGGGACAUUUGGAGUGGUCUGGUCAUUGCUGGACUGCUGGUUGACCCUCUCUACCACAGCUGGACCUGCUGUGCUCCUUGGGCACCCUGGGGCUGCUCCCCAUGCAGAGAGCCCUGGCUGGGCUCCUGUGGCUCCUUGCAAUGAAGGUCUGAAAUGCUGCUGUCAGUCUUCACUAUGAGCAAGAAGUGAUGCUUCUCUUUUUUUGGAAGGAGUCGCCAGGCAGACAGAGCGUUCCUGGAGGGGCGAUGCUGCCGAGCCCUGCCCCGGGCAGAAAGAAGCCGGGAGAUGCGUGGCCCGGGGCGGGCUGCGGGAGAGAAUGAAGAGCUGCCUCCGCCUGCGCCUUUCCGAGAGGGAAAAAGCAUGGUAAGAGCUGGACCCGAUCCCUGGAGCGCAGCCCCGCUGAGCAGGAGGUGGGAUUAUUCCGGAGUAGUUAUGGAGAGCUAUAACCUGGCAGUGGAGUGUUAAAGCGACUUGUCCCUGCUGGAAGAGGAACCCACUGAGGGCACCGCCGGCGUUGUGGCCAAGGGAAGAUCACUCACGUCCUUCUCCUCCUCUCGCCCUUCUUUCUGCAUCCAGCGAACGGCAGUAGAAAGAACUGGUAGUCGGCUCUUGCCAGUGUUGGGAAAAUACCGUGCCUUUUGCCUGGGAUGAUUUGCCCUCAUGUGCCACUUCCACAGGAUGUACAAAGUGCGACUGGAACUGAUCUGGCCAACAAAGUUUGCAGAGUGAUCAGCAGGGGCCGUGGGAUGGAGGGAGCUGGGCACGCACCAGCAGGGUCCGUCACUCACGGUCUGACAGCACAGACCUGCUGCUCCCUUGAAAACUAACUCCUUGAUGGUCCAACUCUUACUUUUCCUCUGCCAAUUUGCACUUUCAGGGAAAACCUCCCCCCCCACACACACCAUGCAAUGCAGUGUUCCUGUGCUGGUUUUGUAUAUAAAAUUUGCUAUGCAAUUACAAAACUAAAAGAGGAGGAGAGACGGCCCUGCAUCCCAGAGCAAAGAGAGAAUCAGAGGUGAAAGGUAAAAGAGUUUGAAACAAUGUGAAGAUUUCCUUUCUGACACUGCCAAGAAACAGAGAACUGAUGCAUUUUGUAACAGGAACGUACUGAGGAGAAAGGAUGGAGUGUUUCAUCAGCGAGACAUUUAGGGAACUAGUGAAAAGGCACUUUGUAUAAUACGCUUCAGUAAAUAUGAAGGGCUAGUGCAAUGGACACUGGAAACACUCGAUCAAUAGUCUAUUUAAGUGGGAAUAUAUGCAAGCAUGGAAAAGUGAUUGCUUUUCUGUCUAUGGGGUGUGUUUGGAGAGGACAGCAGCAGAACAUUUGCAGGUGAGCUGUCUGAGUUAAGCUACUUCAUGCUGGGGUGGUGCAGUGUGUUUCUGAAGGGAUUGCUAAAAAACCCAGUCUGUAGGGUGGACUGUGUUUAUGCAUUUUCAGUUCCUGCUCGCAGAGCUUUCAGGAUGUUUUUCAGGAUAAUUCAGAUUGGGUGAGGUCCAUCUGGGGGUGAAGGGACUAUAAGAAAGGACCUUUGGUCUGUUUGGUGAUGAGUAAUUAAUGGACGUCUGAUGUCUUUGAUCUCUGCAAGGCGAGGAGCUGAUGUCGUCAUGAAAAUCAUGAUAUGAUUUUCCCUCAGGAGAAACUAUGACUUGGAACGACACCAGUAUGGACGGGGAAGGGUUGCUGGCGGAAAGGGACUCCUCUUCCUUUCGGAUCCUCACAGGCUGCUUCCUCUCGCUACUGAUCCUCUCCACGCUGCUGGGAAACACGCUGGUCUGUGCAGCUGUCAUUAGGUUUCGCCACCUCAGGUCCAAGGUGACCAACUUCUUUGUCAUCUCCUUGGCUGUGUCAGAUCUCUUAGUGGCAGUUUUGGUCAUGCCUUGGAAAGCUGUGGCUGAGAUUGCCGGUUUCUGGCCUUUUGGUUCAUUUUGUAACAUCUGGGUGGCCUUUGAUAUUAUGUGCUCAACAGCCUCCAUCUUAAAUCUCUGUGUCAUUAGUGUGGACAGAUACUGGGCCAUCUCCAGCCCAUUUAGGUAUGAGAGGAAAAUGACCCCCAAGGCAGCCUUCAUCAUGAUCAGCGUGGCGUGGACUUUGUCCGUGUUGAUUUCCUUCAUCCCCGUGCAGCUGAACUGGCACAAGGCUACAACCACAAGCUUUUUGGACUUAAAUGCCAGCUUACAAGGUGUAAGCAUGGACAACUGUGAUUCUAGCCUAAACAGGAUGUAUGCCAUCUCCUCUUCUCUAAUUAGUUUCUAUAUACCUGUGGCCAUCAUGAUAGUGACUUACACGAGGAUAUAUCGGAUUGCUCAGAAGCAAAUACGACGCAUCUCAGCUCUGGAGAGAGCAGCAGUGCAUGCAAAGAACUGCCAGAACACGAGCGGCAACAGGAGCAGUAUGGACUGCCAGCAGCCAGAGAGCAACUUCAAAAUGUCCUUCAAGAGGGAAACAAAGGUUUUAAAGACUCUGUCAGUGAUCAUGGGGGUGUUUGUGUGCUGCUGGUUGCCAUUUUUUGUAUUGAACUGCAUGAUUCCCUUCUGCGAGCCUACCCAGCCAUCCAAGGGAGCAGAGGCUUUCUGCAUUAAUUCCACCACCUUUGAUGUUUUUGUGUGGUUUGGAUGGGCAAAUUCUUCCCUCAACCCCAUCAUUUAUGCCUUCAAUGCUGACUUCCGCAAGGCAUUUUCGACCCUGCUGGGCUGCUACAGGCUCUGCCCAAUGUCUGGCAAUGCCAUAGAGACUGUGAGCAUUAACAACAAUGGGGCGGUAGUUUUUUCAAGCCAACACGAGCCCAAAGGGUCCAGCCCCAAGGAGUCUAAUCUGGUUUAUCUGAUUCCACAUUCAAUUAUCUGUCCAGAAGAAGAACCUCUCAAAAAGGAAGAAGAGGGUGAACUAUCUAAGACCUUGGAGAAAAUGUCUCCAGCACUGUCGGGUAUCUUGGAUUAUGAAGCUGAUGUUUCUUUGGAAAAGAUCAAUCCCAUUACACAAAAUGGGCAGCAUAAAACCUGAACAGUAAAGUUUACUAAGCAAGACCCAACGGUGUAUAUUGUAAUAAUCUUUUGGGGAAAAAUACAAGAUUUUUUUGGUAAGAAACUAAGCUCUAGGGAGAAAAAUACACAUUUACACCAAGCCCAGAAUUAAUUUUCCUGGCAUUCAAAGCAAAUUUAACAUUUUAAACAAUAAACAGAAAAAGGUACUGGAAAUUGGUUAUAAAAAAAGAUGUUAAACUGUACUGUUCAUACUGAGGAAAAUACACAAAUUUAGAUACAGUGCAGUGACAAAGAAAAUAUUGCUUCUCUACACAGAGAAAACAAUUUUCAGCUUAAAGUGAGGCAAAAGAUAAAUGUUGAGUAUUUAAAGAUUAAUGUUUACUAGAAGUAAAAAGAUUGCUGUGUCUUGUGAUAGUGGGUGUUAACAGGUCCUAUUUAAAGACUGAGAGAUUGUAAAGGUAGGUAGAUGCCUUCUUAAAAUUAUUUCUGAAAAAUAAUUGAGCCUUAUAAUGAGAAUGGUUAUUUUUAAAGCUUUGGGAGGUAAUAUGUUGAUACUGGUUUUAUUUAUUUAUUGUUUUAAAUUGAUAUUUUUCAUAUGUUAUAACAGAUCUAGCUUUAUUUAUGUUAUUUAAGAUGUCUAAAUAAUGGGAUAUUUUUGGAGUGUCAUAACUGCAUUUUGACCAGUCAACCAGUCAGCACUUUAUUACAAGCUCGGAUAGUCUGGAGAGCUGGUGAGGGGAAUAGAGGAAUGUUAAGAAGCUCGGCAAGAAAUGAAGGAAUCAACUAAACCGAUGCUGUAUGGAGUUCGUUUGCUUGUGGGCUUUUUUUAUCUUUAAGUGGGAUUUCUUUCAAAAGAUAGGACCAGCGUUGACUGAGUUGUGAAUUCUCUUCCCUUAUAGAAAUAAAAGAAAUUGCUGCUAUUUAUUUUUAAAAAGUUUCAUGUUACAAAGACUUUGCUAGAAUGUCAAGUUUGUGGAUCUGUAAAUACCUUAAAUAUGACUACAACCUUAAGAAGAAUCCAAUUUGGGAAGGAGAGCGUCUUAGAUAACAAUUCUUAGUAUAUAAUGUUUUGUAUUUAUGUAAGAUAAACAGCUUUCUCAGACUUUUCUUAUUUCAAGUCUUGGAUAUCUUUUCUGAACAAACACAAUGGGUUAUAAUGGUAGUAAAGAUGCCAAACGUCGUUAUCACUGGUGUUACUGCAGGACCACCUGGGUCAUUCUGUCUGUCUGCUACUCUAUCACGGUCAGAACUAAAACGUGAGGUACCUGGUGCUUUACUUUGGGAACCGGGAGGACAUUACAUUUUAGUAAUUGCCGUGUCAAUAGUCCAUUCAAUAAGGAAUAGUGCCUCAUUACCAUUUUGGAUUAAGACAUUUCGAAAUAUGGAUGGAACUGCAGCCCCCACCUCAAAAUCCUCCUGUGAACUCCAAAAAAGUUGCCAAUGUUUAAUUAAAAAAACCUGCUACUUCUCCAUUGUCCUUCCCUGCUGCUUCCCUUUGUAAUGCCAAAAGCAAUCGGUGAGCAUUAGCAACAGGAACAUUGGGUGUUAAUAGUCAGCAGCGUUCAAAGAAAUCGAUUUCUUUUCUGAAUGAGAGAAAAUACCCCUUGGAGCAACUUUUUCAUAACAUAUAUCAAAAAAAUGUGUUGUCAGGAAAAGAGAACUGAGAGGAAAAAAAAAUUUAACAAACUAUAUACAUCCUGCAUCAGGUCUGUGUAUUUAUGUAUUGUGAAUGUUUUCAUAAUUUUAUUGCCUGUAUGCUGCUUUCAUACAUAUAAUAAAAUUAUUUUGUGAACAGAAGGUCAAAUAAAACAAUCUACAUUGCA